GAGAAAAAAAUUACACAAAGCGCAGGUACUCCAUACCCUUUACUUCACCUCCCGGAAAAUAUAGAGACUCCUGGCAACUGCAUUCUCAUUCUUCUUGUAGUUCUUUUUUUUAGCUCGAAGGUCAAGCAUUUGCCUUCAGUUCGUCGGCCGAUCUGUAGGACUAAACCUCUCCCGACGUCUCCAUCUGCGAAGAAAACACAAGAACCGAAGAUUUUUGUUGUUGUUCUUCAAGAAUGUCAGAUUUUCGGUGCCUGUUGGUUUCUCUCCUAAUCUGCAUGGCGAUUUAUAAGCCAGCGGUCUCUCAUCCAGGGAGCUGCGAGGACCAUACUCCACAGUGCAGGUUCUGGGCGUACGCAGGGAGGUGUCAGUGGGACAAUACCAUGAAACUAAAUUGCCCUGUGUCAUGUAACUCUUGCAUAGAUCCAACAUGCUAUGACAGGGACCGCCGCUGCGCCUCUUGGUCUCAACAAGGAUACUGUGUAAGGAAUCCUACCAAAUAUUUGAGCCUUUGUCCCCACUCCUGCGAUUCUUGUCUGAUCAUCCUCUCCGUGCAGACGCAGCAUCUUCUCCCGUGGGUGUUUAGGAAAUGAAAACUGCAUGGCAAAGAGUUAACUUUCGAAGUCUCUAAAGGACAUUGGAUUUAGGAAAGAAAGAAAAAGAAAAAAAAAAGUGGUCAAGUAUCUGCAUAAGAAAAAUCUCACAUUGGCGCGCUGUGAAUUAUAUAACUUUAGGAACAAAGUUGGUAAGAAAUGUGGGAAAAUGCAAGCUCGGUGUGUGCUCCAGGCUACCGGGAUGAGGAGGAGAAAUGUAUGUUUCCAGGCGGGAGAUGGCGGAUCCACUUACAAAAUGAUAAAGUUUACCCUUAAUAA